ACAGGCAUGGUCGCCAGAAGUGGGGUUUUUGCGGAACCACCAACUCACAAAACUGUUCCCCAUUGCUACCACACGACGACUCCGGGAGAGCUGCUACCACAAGCCACAAUGUCACACAAAACAGCACUCUGCUGCUUUCAAUUGAUCUCGGACCUCUACCAGCUAGCAAUUGGCUGGGCAGCUAGAAAAUGAUAACAGCAUUUGCCGUAAGACAGGCCCUAUCGGGAAGAUCCAAAUCAGCAACCCUGCAAAAUCCCUCCAAGUUAAUAGAGGAAUUGGCGAUUUUCUUUUAUGAUUCGCCGUUCCCUUCUAAAGUACCGGUAGAAGAUGUCCAAUGUGACAAGGAUGAUUAUGACGAUGCUUGCUGCAGCGGUGGUGGAAGCACCGUUCCUGGUAUGGCGGCUUCUUCGUGCGAUGAUACGUACUCUGCGUCCAGUGCGGAGGAUGAAAUUGCAUUGGGAAUGGCUUUCGCUUCCCUCAAACCGGUCUCCUACGAAGAACCUAUUCAAGAACCCUCGUGCGUUUAUCAAGUAGACAAUGUGAUCAGUGACCCAAACUGUAUUACCGGUUCCCCGAACAAAGAACUCAUGGAGGAAACUGCUCACUGCGACCUGGAGGGCCGACGCUCAGCGGUAACAUUUCACCAGAUGACGAAUGUGCUUGAAAUUCCGAGGUACGAUGAUUAUCCUAUCUCGAUCCAACGCUCCCUGUGGAUGAGCAUCGAUGAGGUAGCCGAGAUUGCGGAACGCGGUAAGCAUGAGUACAUGUCCGAAGGAUGCCAUCCUGAACUGGCAUUGGAGGAGGACGUCUUCAUCCUGAAUCAAAACGAUGAGCUUAUCCACCCUGAAACCUGGAGACGCCAACAAGAAGCUGCGGCGGCCGCUAAGGUGGCAGCGGACCCCGUUGCUCCUCCCAUGAAAGAGAUUGUCUGCAAGAAUCCGGUCAAACUCGGUUCGGAACAACCAUUGAGGUGUACUGGUAUGAAUGAAAGCGGUACCUUGCACCAGGGAGCUCCACGAUCGCAACAUCCACAGAAGGAACAACAGCGAAAGGAUUCGAGGGGCAAAGCGACUCGGGCAACCAAGAUUUCACCGCCAAGGAAUCGAAGUGAAGGAAGGGAGAAGAGACGUCGUCGUCGCAAAACCACAAAGAGUGGAAGGAGCAGCGACAACAGGCGAGGGUUGAGUCAACCCGGUGCCCGCAUGUGCCCGCAUGCACCCUCGUUGACUCGAUUUGCUGAUAUCUGAGAGAAGGAAUGUCACUUCUCCCCUCAAAGGAGUGUUGUAUUGUAAUCAUGAUGUCCCUAUAGAUACGAUUAGCAUCUGUGU